CCCCACCCUCACCACCCCCAAGCUGGUUAGCUCCCUCUAAAUUAUCACACAUACAAAUUAAACCUCUCAAUUAAUACUUAAUUAGAACUCCUCCAAUAUUAUUCAAUGAGCACCGCUGUGAAGAGGGUCUCCCAGGAGGUGGUGGCCCCCGCGGGGCCGACACCCUCCGGCCGCCUCCGCCUCUCAUGGCUCGACCGAUACCCGACCCAGCGGGCGCUCAUCGAGUCGCUGCACGUGUUCAAGAACGGCGGGGGCGACCCCGCGAAGACGAUAAAGCGCGCGCUGGAGAAGACGUUGGUUUUCUACUAUCCGAUGGCGGGCAGGCUGGCGGAGGGGGAGGAGGGGGAGCUGCAGGUCGACUGCACCGGCGAGGGGGUUUGGUUCGUGGAGGCCACGGCCGAGGCCACGUUGGAGGACGUGGACUACUUGGAGUACCCUUUGAAGAUACCCAAGGACGAGCUCUUGCCUCACCCCGUCCCUAAAUUGGAUCCCUCCCAAGAAGAUAAACUCAUUUUACUUGUCCAGGUGACCCGAUUCAGCUGCGGUGGGUUCGUGGUGGGGUUCCGGUUCAGCCACGCGGUGGCGGACGGGCCGGGCGCGGCCCAGUUCAUGGGCGCGGUGGGCGAGAUCGCGCGCGGCGCCGCGGGGCCCACCGUGGAGCCGACGUGGCUCCGCGAGGCGAUCCCGGAGCCCCCCCGCGGCGCGCCCCGCGGGCCCCUCCCCGCGGCGACGGGCGUCCGCCUGGAGUACCUCGCCAUGGACAUCGCCGCCGACUACGUCAACCGCUUCAAGGCCCAGUUCCUGGCGCUGACCGGUCAGCGCUGCUCGGCGUUCGACGUGCUCAUCGCGAAGGCGUGGCAGAGCCGCACCCGCGCCCUCAGCUUCGGCUUCGGCUUCGACCGGGGCUCCCCCGUCCACCUCUGCUUCGCCAUGAACGCGCGCCCCGUGCUCGCCCCGAAGAUCCCCGCGAGCUGCGGCUUCUACGGGAACUGCUACUACAUCAUGAGGGUCUCGGCGCCGAGCGAGAGGAUCGCGAGCUCCCCGAUCGUGGAGAUCGUGAAGCUCGUCAAGGAGGGGAAGAAGCGGCUGCCCGCGGAGUUCGCGCGGUGGGCCGCCGGGGACGCCGCCGGGGACCCGUACCGGAUCACGGCCGACCGGAACACGCUGCUCGUCUCGGAUUGGACCCGCCUGGGCUUCGCCGAGGUCGACUACGGCUGGGGCCCGCCGGUCCACGUGGUGCCGCUCACCAACCUCGACUACAUCGCCACGUGUAUCCUCGUCAGGCCCUCCGCGCACAAGCCCGGUGGGGCCCGCCUCAUCACGCAGUGCGUUACGCCCGAGUGCGUGGCCGCGUUCCACCAGAGCAUGAUGAGCUUGGAUUAACAAUUUAAGCAUGGAUUGAUUAAUAGUAACAAAUUAAUUAAGAAUAUUAAUCACACAUUACACAUGAUAAGAAAAGAAUAUACGUAGUGUUGUUGCGUUUGUGGAAAUUGUGCAAAUGCGCCCCGCGCAUCCGUUACCUAUAUAUAUAUAUAUAUCUGUCUCAUCUUAUACUUCAAUAUGCAUGUAGGUAGUAGCCAGCGGUCGUCAUCAUUGAACCCUUUAGAUUCCUAAGUAGUAAGAAAAACUGUAGCUAUUAUGAAUGGCGGCGACUGAUCGAAGUAUCGUACUAGCUAGCAUAGUACGUGUGAUUCCUUUUAGAAAAAGAAGGGCUUGUUUGGUAUAGUUAGGAGAAAAGGUGGAGGGUCGACUAAUUGAGUUCUUUAGACUAAAGAAAAGCAAAAUGGUUGACUGUAAGGAGGCGUACGUAAUUAGCUAGGUUGUUGUUUGCCAGGUAAUUAAUUGUAUUGUUAUUUUGGGGGGUGCUAGCUAGAGAUUCCUUUGGAUAUUAUACCAUGUCCUAAUUUUUCUUAGUUAUGUUUUUUUUAUUCUUUUCUUUUAUAUUUCACUAUUGUGUGUAACUGGGUGGAAAGCCACCACUGUCUCUCUCAAUCAAUUUAUCAACGGAAAAGUUUGUACUUUAUA